UAACAGUGAAGACUCAAGAGUUUUAAAAUAUAAAGUAGAAGACAAGUAUUGUGUAUGAAAUACAACUUAUUGCUUAGUGUACUACGUUUAAAUAUUAAGGCACUGUUAUAAGAAUACUAUUGAUUUCCAAAAAGAAUCAUAGAAAAUUUAAGCCAAUUAUUGCAAAAAAUGUAUCAACAAACACAGAUUUUAAAGGCUUAUUAAAGAAAAACCAGGAGUCCAGUAAAGCCAAAGCUAAGCGGUAAACCUGCACUGUGCUCGGUCUGUAUAUAGUGUUAAUGAAAUUUGAAAUUUAAGAAAUUCACAAUGCUUCAAGACGAUGCCGUUAUGGGAACCAAUGACGACGCGUCAAUAUGUAAACGGUUUGCUGUACAAAUGGGAUAUUGGAAAGACAAAUAUCUUCCAUAUUUUGUGCGCUCUCCAGAGAGGAAGGCACCAGAAAUAAGUCGAGGUUACUUUGCACGAGUUGCUGGCAUGAAAACAAUUUUAGACCAAGCUUUGAAGUUGUUUGCAGAUUGUCAGAUUGUUAACCUGGGUGCAGGGUUUGACACACUCUACUGGAGAUUAGAAGAUGAGGGGAUCCAUGUUCAAAGUUUUACAGAAGUGGAUCUUCCUGGUGUAACUUCUAGGAAAUGUCAUGCUAUCAGAAGUAGGAAACCUCUACUGCAGCAUCUAGCUGCAAAUGACAAUGAAGUAAAGUUUUCAACCAAUGAGCUCCAUGCUGGGAAUUAUCAUUUAGUAGGAGUUGAUAUGAGGCAGCUUUCAAAUCUACAGGGGAAAUUACUUCAAGAAAGUGGUUUGAAUCCUUCUAUCCCAACUAUUGUGCUAUCAGAAUGUGUGUUGGUAUAUGUCGAUGUAGCUUCUUCUGCAGCAUUACUUCGAUGGAUUGCAGAAACAUUUCAAGUUACAGUAUUCAUAAAUUAUGAACAGGUUAAUAUGAAGGAUAAGUUUGGACAAGUUAUGAUUGAAAACUUGAAGAAAAGAGGUUGUGAUUUAGCUGGAGUGAGUGUUUGUACUAAUCUUCAAGCUCAAGAAUGCAGAUUUAUAGAUCUAGGCUGGGAAACGUCAAAAGCAUGGGACAUGAAUGAAGUGUACCACAGUCUUCCUCGAGAAGAGAUAACAAGAAUUGAAAGACUAGAAUUUUUGGAUGAAACUGAGCUAUUAGAGCAGCUUUUACAGCAUUACUGUAUCACAGUUGCAACCAAAGGAGUCAAGGAAGAGGAACUAAAAGUUCUAGGCUUCACUUAGAACUUUGAAUUGAAUAAAUACAUCUUGAAUGUAUAAACGAAAACCUGAAGCAUGAAAUAACUGACAUUGUAUGUUGCUAUUAAUAUAAACCUGUUGUUAAGCAUAAUUAUUUAAACUAAUUAUAUGUAUAUAAAUUGGUAAAGCCAACAGAUAAUGGUACUGAAGAUACACAAAGUUACUAAGAAAGAACUUAAUGCAGACAUAAACAAAGGUCUCUAAAUAACUUUCUGUUUGUUCUUCAAGUACCACAACAUUCAUCUGCUUUAAAAAGCUUGUUGAUAUAUGAGUUAUAGAGGAAACAUUUAAUGGUAAUCCUCCCAUAACCAUUGGCACAAAUUUGUUUCUUGAUGUUUUUUUUUAAUUUCACAACGUUUCACCACUUUAACAUAAUAUUAUCAGGAGAUUUAUGUGAUGCUGGUUUAACUUGAUGAAGUAUCAUGGAAUUAAAAACUAUUUCUCUGUAAAUUCAUAAAAAUAGCAUUGAAUUUGAGUUAUGUUUUAACAUUGAAAUGCUUUGUUUAACAAAAUUUGGGAUCUGAGCUUUGUAUGAAACAUUAACUUUAUACAACAAAAUAGAUCUAUUACAUUUAUGACUCUAAUUUUGAAAUACUAUCUUAUUCCCUAGCUGGAAACAAAACAUUAUAAUCUCUAAUUUCAUAAAUGCAGAACAUGUGAAUUUCCUGGAAGUUCUUUUUUGUCUUUUUUUCAUUUACAAAUUCAUUGCAUUAUUUCUGGUGAGUUUUGAGGUAAAAAGUUUUAAUCUUUUACUUAAGUGUGCAGCACCAUCAGAAUUUUGAUGUAGAUGUGUCAUUCAUCUUGUGUGUACUCAAUUAUAAUAUAAGAAAAAAAAUAUUUUGACAUUAUCAGUUUGAAGUGUGCGGUUGUUCUUGAUAUUAGAUUAAAAUUAAUAUAAUAAGAUUCUACUUUCAACACUCUGAAAAGGUUAUAAUGAAACAAAAACGUUUUUCUCUUUUCACUGUUUCAUUUCAUACAUGAAGGAAUAGUAUAUCUGAAGGAAUAUAUAUUGCUGUAAAAUGAUUAUACAAAUAAAAAGCGAAACAUUCUAAACAUAUUUGUUGAUCCUGUAAUUCUUAUAUCCUUAUUCUUUUAAGGUCUUCUUUAGCCCAGCUUAAUAAAUGUGUGACAUUACUGAUAAAAAAACAUGUCAUUUUAGGCCUAGGAAAAAUGUCAAAAAUUAUAUUUUCAGAAAAAAAUUGUGGAAAUUGUAAGGUUGUCUUAAGCAUUUUGGAAAGUGCACACUUGUUCUCAGUAUGUGCCAAAUCAAUCUGUUUAGCAUGAUUUUUUAUGUACAUGUGAUUUUAUUAUUCCAGAUGUGUGUUUAAUACUUAAUUUCAGAUCUUUUCAGUGAUGUACCAUUUUUUGCAGUGGAUCAGCUGAUGAACAGAGGGUUUAAUAAUUUGUUUUACAAGGAAAUUUAAAUGCAUAAUAAGUCUUUUAUUGGCAAAUAUGAAAAAUAAUUUUUAUGUUUAUUUAAUAUUUUUUUCCAUUGUUAUUAAAUCACAUGGGUAAACAAAGUGUCAUCAAUGCAUGAAAAUACAAAGUAAUAGUACUUGGUGAUGAAAAACCCAUUGAAAAGAAAUUGCUAAUUGCUCAGCACUGAACUACACUGCAAAAUAGUAAAUUUUUCAACUUACAUACAGUGUGUUUUGUUAUUUGGAUUAUGGUUUUUGUGAAAACAUUAGUAUAUACUGUACCAGUGAUUAGAACAUAUACUUGUGUUAACACAUGUCAUCCAAAUUUUAUUAGAAAUAUUAAGAAAAUGUCUUUACUCAAGACAACACUUCUGACCCUUGUUACUUAAAAUAUAAAAGUUGUCAGCAAAGCUUGAAGUAAAACAAAGUUAAAUUGAGGUUUUAUUGUGUAAGUUUUUAAAUUAUUUUUUUAUAUUUUAUUUCCAUAUGCUAAAAAAUACUGUGUAUGUUUAGAAUAUUACUCUUUUUUUUUAAAUAUUCAAUAAUCUAAUAUUUGAAAUUUCUUCUAAGACUUAGAAAGCUUUACACUCUUUACAAAAAUUCAGGUAUAAUAGUGACCUUCAGACCUUAAAAGAAUUAUUACUAUUCUUAUCCUAGAUGUUAGCUUUAAAAAUUAUUAACUGAUGAAUCUCAGUAUAAUCACAUGUGUAAUUAAGGGUACAGAACAAGACAAACUCCAGGUAUUGACUAACUGACUUUAUUGUGGUUACUUUUAUCAAGUUUUCAAAAUGUUGAUGUUUUAUUCAAUAUAAUUAUAGAGUUUGACUUAUUGGAUUAUCAGGUUCAACUAUUAUUCAAACAUUUCUGUAAUCCUGAGACCUAAGUAUGUCAACUGAUAGCAAGUUCAAUUCAACUAUGUGCUUACUAUUUUUUUAUUUUUUUUUGCGUGACAUAAUUCUAAUUAAACUAAGUAAACACUCAGAAAGGCCAUUUUCUUUGUAAUAUGAACACAUCCUUAUCCAAUUAUGUUAUGAUAUGUGUUUGAAAUAUAAAACAAUUUUAGAAAA